AAGCGUUGUUGACCUCAGGAUAAAAUAUACUCUCUGCGAUGAGUUGACUCAUGAGCGUGGCUUAUCUCUGUUAUCAUUAGCCUCAUAGAUUCUGAAGAAAAUUCUUAAAGAAAAUAAUUUGACAUGUGGGAAGCAUUUCUUUUGGUUUCCACGGCCUUGGGUGGCAUUUUUGUGUUAGUCUUCUUGUACUUGAUUGGAACCAAGCAAUACCGAUUCAGCCCGAAAGUUACAUUUACUGCAAGACAUGUCCCAGUGCAUCCGGAACUGAAAAAUCACUCCAAGACAUUCCAAAAGGAGAUUAUACCAAUUGCUGAAAACGUUCAUGUGGCCAUUGGUUUUGGUCUGGCCAAUUCCAUUCUAAUUGAAGGCACUGAUUGUUGCAUAAUCAUUGACACAUUAGAAUGCGACGAGGCUGCCGAAGAGGUCAGGGAGGCGUUCAGAGCCAUCACCAAGAAGCCAAUCAAGGCUGUUAUUAUCACCCAUUUCCAUCCGGAUCAUGCCUAUGGCAUAGGAUGUUUUUUGGACGAUAAUCCUGACGUGAUUGCUCAUGAGACUACCCGCAAGUUUCUCGAGCAAGUGGCGAAUAUCCGAUCUCUUAUUACCUACAGCCGUGGGAUGAAACAAUUUGGAAGUCUCUUAGGUGAAGGCAUGCAUGAAAACUCUGGUAUUGGAGGGAAGUUGAGGUUCGGACCAUCAAAUGGAUUCAAACUUUUUAAUCCUACCGUUACGGUGAGCAAGCAAUUGGAAGUAACUUAUGGAGGCAUCACUCUGGAAAUCAUUCACGCUCCUGGAGAGACAGAAGACCAGCUCAUGAUUUGGUGGCCCGAAAAGAAGAUCCUGUUUCCGGCGGACAAUAUCUACACAGCCUUUCCCAACAUCUACGCUAUUAGAGGCACCAUGGCCAGAGACCCUUUGCUGUGGAUAUCCGCUUUGGACAAAAUGUUGAGUCUACAACCCGAAAUUUUAAUACCUCAACACACACGGCCACUCUCUGGAAAAGCCGAGAUUAAAUCCACUAUAACUGCAUAUCGGGAUGGAAUUCAAUUUAUCCAUGACCAGGCUUUGAAGUGGAUGAACCAAGGAUGUAAUGAAAUAGAGACCGCUCAGAAGGUUGCAGAGUGUUUCCCGAAUGCCCUUAAGUCUCAUCCCUACCUCAAGGAGUUCUAUGGAACCAUAAAAUGGGGUACACGGGGCAUUUUUCAUCACUAUUUGGGAUGGUUUGGAGGGCAACCUUCAUCAUUACAUAAACUCUCUACGUUGAAGAGGUCACAAAACAUAGUAAAGGUCGUUGGAAAUGAAAAUGCUUUGUUUGAGAAAGCUCUCAUCGCUAUGAAAACCAAGCAUUAUCAAUUUGCACUCGAAAUUUGCGAUGUCCUUUUGGAGUCAGGCUGGACUUGGAUGAACAAAGUUAGGGCGAUAAAAAUCGAAAGCCUCUGUCAACUGGCAGAGUUGGCGAUAUCCGCCAACGCCCGAAAUUGGUAUCUCACAACCAUAUUGGAACUAGAGGGCAUGGAGAUCAAACCGCAAGCUCCUCAAAUCAAGGCACAGAUAACUGGUCUCAAAAAAAUGGAGGACUUCUUCAGAUUUCUCGUUGUCCGCGUCAACCCAGAGAAAUUGGAUGAGGGAGAGUUCUUAGCCCGCUUUUGUUUCACUGACACCGAUGAGGACAUUUUCGUUCAGCUAAAGCAUGGAUGUGCAACCUUGAGAACGGGUACAGAUUUCAACGAAGGCUGUGACCUAACCGUCAAGACCACAUCCGACGUGUGGAAGUCGGUUGCAUGCCGGGAGGUUAACCCCAUAACAGCUUGGAUGGGUGGAGGAUUGUCCAUCCAACCCCACCCAUUCAAACUGAGUACGUUUAUGAGCUAUUUUGAUGUCGCUCAGUGAGCAAACUGACUUGUUUAGCGCCAAACAGGUUUGGAAAUAAAUACUACAGGGUGAUUACAAA